ACCAAUAAACAUCACACCAAAUUUUCAAAAAUGGCGUUCACGUUUGUUGCAUUCUGUUAUUUACUGGCAAUGAUUUUGUCGGCCGUGUUGAUUUUCUUUGCAAUUUACCACAUUAUUGCGUUUGACGAGCUCAAAACAGACUACAAGAAUCCUAUAGAUCAAUGUAAUAGCUUGAAUCCACUUGUUUUACCAGAGUAUGGACUGCAUAUGUUUUUUACAAUACUAUUUUUAUUAGCUGGUCAGUUUGGGACAGUGGCAUUAAACAUGCCAGUCAUUGGUUAUAAUAUUUAUAGGUAUGCCAAUCGUCCUGUGAUGAGUCAGCCAGGUCUUUAUGAUCCCACUACAAUAAUGAAUGCUGAUGUCCUAUCACGCUGUAUGAAAGAAGGUUGGAUGAAGUUGGGAUUUUUUCUUCUCUCUUUCUUUUAUUAUCUGUACAGUAUGAUAUAUGUAUUGGUGUCCAGUUCUGCAUAAAUGCACAUCCAUUGUGUAUUGUCAACGUUAGAUGAAAACAGAACAUUCACUUUAGGGAUGGAGGCAAUUCUACCAUAAGAAUCUAACCCAAGAUAAGAAAUCUCAAACUGUGUGGUAUGCUUUCAACACUAAAUGCUUGAUAUGACGAGGUAUCUGAUGGUACAGAAAAUGACUGAAUCUCCAGACAUUGCUCUUCACAAUUCAGAAAGUCUCCAAGCAUAUGAGAAAUUAUUUUGCCACAUGACUUCAAUUUUUCCUUUGCUACGAUUUUAUCUCUCAACAACAAAGAAAUGUUUGAUACUAAAAUGAUGUUUUGUAGUUUAUAAAAACAACUUUCAAAAUAUUAGAAUUAAUUAAUCUGUCCACAGCUGACAUUGUAUGUAAUUCUUGUAAGUAUUUUUUUAUAAUUUUAGAUGGAGUUUGGUUUACCAUGAUACUUGUAUUCAUGCUCACAGCUGAUCCGAUCAUUUUCAUUUUUACAUGCACUAACCAAUGAUGUGUUCAACAGAGUUUUGUAUUGAAUAACUCUUGCAUCUACACAAAUCAAUUAUUUGUUUAUUUUUAUGUAUCUGUAUGUAUAUUUUGUGUACAUGUAUUACCGGUAAUACAAACUUGUGGAGUUCUAUUACCUAUUUCAGUUUAUUGGUACCAUUAAAUAAAAAAAUAGGUGAUAGAUUUGAUAGAAAAGAUUUGUUAAUUAUGAAAAAAAAUAGAACAUUUAAUGUCUUAUUAUAAGCAUGAAGUAACAUUUUAAUAAAUUCUCUUUUAAUGUAGUAUUGGUAGUAUUGUAUGGUUGAAUGACUAUCUGAGUUAUUGACUACCAUCUUUGGAAAAUAAUGUACUUAUAAUGUGAAGGAAGACUGGCAGCUGGCAUUCAUUUACAGUCUGUUUAUCACCUGCUUGAUUAAAUUAUAAAUUAAAUGUAUUGUUUCAACAGU